GACUGGCCGGAGGCACACAAUCGGUCCGAUUGAAAAGCUGGGACGAGCCCCUUCGAUAUCCCUUGGUGGAGGAAUCCAAGGUCCGUGAGAACUUCCAACAACUCCUACAGAUCUGUCGUGCUUGCAACACUCCACCCCCUCCGGAGUUCGAAGCUCGGUAUUUCGCCAGCAUUCUUACAGGCGCAGACAUCAGGAUCGGACAGCUCUUCCCCAGAGUUAGAGUACACUGGACGUUCUACUUGGCCCAACCGUGGACUCGCCUCGACCCUGAGGUGACGGAUGACCAGAGAGGUGUGAUUCAGUUCGCCCACGCCACCGACACAGGCGGAGUUGCAGGUAUAGUUCGACACCGGUUUGUUGUUCCAGCAACCCUCGCAGAUGGCAAUGAUGCUGUCGGACACUAUAGGCAGGGUACGUUGUGGAGCGAUGCAGAGUCCCUCACUUCACUGCGUGAUCGUGCAGCCAUGUCAGGAAAAUGGAAGCAGCCUUUGAUCAUCUUGGGAGAAUGCCUCGUCGCCGACACCCAUUACACGAUGAAGUCAGGGGGUGGAUUGGACGCUCAAAAUCGGAGUCAGGUUGCCGGAGCAGUGCGUAUGAGGAAGGACAAGAAGUGGGUUUUCCAUAGCAGCUUGCGCAGGAUCACCGGAAUCACAGUGACGGUGGUGAAACAAUACACAAGUCGUCGAGAUGCCGCAGGAUUGCCCCAGUUCCACCUAGGUCUCUUGCAUCAGCCGCAUCCUCCCUCCCUUCUUCCCAUACCGGAAGCUCGACGUAGAUCCAGAACGCCCCCACCGAACAAGGAGAAGUUUUCGAACUUCAGGCCUCCCAAAACUUGGAAGAUGACAGAAGACGAGUGGGACUCCAACAAGAUCUAUGGCCUCACGCUCCCCAGGAUUGUCGCCAACAAUCGUUGCACUCGUGAAUUAGGCAUUGAGGGCUUGCCCGUCUUUGAUGUCCCCCUUGUGAGUGUCAUCGGUCAACAACAUGAGAACUGGGCCCUUCGAAUGAUGGCUCAUGGCAGACGUGUGUCGUGGGAGAACUUCAGGUCCCGACAGGUGUUUGCCGGCAUCUUACUUCGCCUGAUCAGAGGCGAUUUGGUUUCUCCGGAUGGGCAGGAUUUUGUCACGAUCAUGAACGCAGAACAUAAGAAACGUCAUCCUCAGAAAGAGUUGCAUGAUUGGGAAGCCAGGUAUGACACCUUGAAGCAUGUUGCGGAGGAGUUAGCAGUUGAGUUCAGAAAGCGUGCUCCGGUCAGGGCUAACGCCGCCUUGUUGGGUCGCCUUCAGGAGCUUGAGAUCGAGAACGCAGCACUUAAAAGGCCAUCCUCUACAUCCACACCCCCAGGCAGGAAAGCCACUCUGAAAUCGAGUGCCUCCGUACCCACCUCCUCGGACAAGUCAGGGAAGGGCUCGACGAAACGCAGACUUCCUUUUCAUGAAGCUCCAGCAGGACCGGAACAUGAUCCUCUUCAUGGCCUGAUGGACGAGGAGGAGGGCAACCCAGACGACGUACCUACGGAGCCCAUGACACCACCUUUGGAGGACCAAACCUUUGGCGACGAGGACGCAGAAGACCCUAACAGCACGUAUGCCAGGUUCCUUUGCUCAUCGGAAAGCCAACGUUUCCUUGAGAGUUGUUCGAUCACCAAAUUCAACAUCACCAGCGUGAACCAAUGGUUGGCAGGCACCAGGUUGGGAAAGUCCAAGAAGAAAGCGCUUGAUCUUGCCUUGUCAGAGUUCACAGCGGCUGCAGGAAAGUUGGAUGCCGGAUCGAAGAGACCUGUUGAUUCCACUGCGGUUGAAUGGGGUUUGAGUGUAACCUUGGCUGCCAAGUUGAACAAGGCAUGCUUGACCAGAUUGAUCGCAGGAGCUCAUUUACUAUCACAGGAGUGA